CCCAACCCCCCCACACACACACACAAACACACACACACGCACCACCUCACCCCUCCCCUGAACGACAGCUGACGACGGAGAGCGAGCGGGGCCGAGUCCCCAGGCGGCCUGUCCGAGACGAGCUGUUCUCCGUGGAAACAACACGUGUUUCUUGUCAUCAUGGCAAGAGAAGAAGCAGGGUCCCCAUCAAAAUUUUCAUGCAAAAUUAUGACUUUCCACCCCACAAUGGAAGAGUUUAAGAAUUUUUCCAAGUAUAUUGCAUACAUGGAGUCUCAGGGUGCACACCGAGCAGGUCUUGCAAAGGUGAUUCCACCGAAGGAUUGGAAACCUAGAAGAAAUUACAACAACAUCGAUAACUUGAUUAUUCCUGCUCCAAUUCAGCAAAUGGUUACGGGACAGUCGGGCCUUUUUACUCAGUAUAACAUACAGCAAAAACCGUUGACUGUAAAGGAAUUCAGAAAUUUGGCUAAUAAUGAUAAAUACUGCACUCCAAGAUACCUAGAUUAUGAAGAUCUUGAACGCAAAUACUGGAAAAAUUUGACCUUUGUAGCACCGAUCUACGGAGCAGAUGUCAGUGGCAGCCUCUAUGAUGAGGAUGUCGAUGAGUGGAAUAUUAGUCAUUUGAAUACAAUUUUAGAUGUGGUGGCAGAAGAAAGCGGGAUUGCUAUUGAAGGUGUGAACACGCCCUAUUUGUAUUUUGGUAUGUGGAAAACUACAUUUGCUUGGCACACAGAAGAUAUGGAUCUAUACAGCAUUAACUACCUACAUUUUGGAGAGCCAAAAUUUUGGUACGCAGUACCUCCAGAGCAUGGAAAAAGGCUGGAACGACUUGCACAAGGCUUCUUUCCAAGUAGUUCACAAGGAUGUGAUGCUUUUCUACGUCACAAGAUGACCCUUAUAUCUCCAUCAAUAUUAAAGAAGUAUGGGAUUCCUUUUGACAAGGUAACACAAGAAGCAGGACAAUUCAUGAUCACUUUUCCAUAUGGCUACCAUGCUGGCUUCAAUCACGGAUUCAACUGUGCUGAGUCAACAAACUUUGCCACAAUUCGAUGGCUUGAUUAUGGAAAAAUUGCUAAACAAGUCACAAACAAGAGAAGACCUGCAGAUGCUGGAAAUCUGAGCAAGACACACAAAAUGCUGGAGGAACUCAGCAGGCCAGGCAGCAUCUAUGGAAAAAUGUACAGCCGACAUUUCAGGCCGAAUCCCUUCGGCAGGACUGAUGAAAACAGGAAUUACAGCGGGAGAGAGUGGGAGAGAGUUUAACUGAAGGGAAGAUUUAAACUUUUUUAGGGUAGACAUCCCUAGACGAGACUUUGCAGAGUAGUAAUCAAAUCACAAACAAGAGAAAUCGUGCAGAUACUGGAAAUCCGAGCAACACACACAAAAUGCUGGAGGAACUCAGUAGGCCAAGCAGCAUCUAUGGAAAAAAGUACAGUUGAACCUUCGUUCUUCCCAUUUUUUUCCACUACUGAACUCGCCCCCAAUUUUAGUUUCCACGCAAGUGGUGUAUACAACAUCGGCAGAUUCUUGAUCUGUAAAAAUAUUGCCAAUUUUUAAUUUUUGUUUUUUGGUGCAAAUUUGAGUUGCAAAUGUCAUUUUCCUUUAAUUUGGUUCAAGCUUUGUUCUUGAAAGCAUUUAACUCUUCUGCUUUUCUUUUUGACACGCUUAGGAUGCUAAAAAUGAUAAUUAUUAUUUGAGAACGCGAAAAUAAUAAUUAUUAUUUGAAAAAUUCAGUAAGAUGAAAAAUGUGUAACUUUAAUAAAAUAACCACAGUCAUGCAAGCAAUUUUAUAGAAACAGUUUUUAAAUUUAAAAAAAUCUUUUUAGAUUGUGAUUUUUCUUUGAAAGGUUACGUGCCAAAAAAGUCAGAAUAUAGAAUACAGCAAGCUAGAACACACACUGCAACACUCAGUACAAGUAAAUGAUGUCAGGCAGUCAAAAUUACUGAUACACACAAUGGUAAAAGUAAAAUGUUUUGACCGGAUGGCAGUGGGCUGGCGGUUUAUUAACAAUGAGGUACCAACUUCCAUUCUGUGUUUAUUGUUUGUUACAAUUUGUAACAGUGUUGUAACUUGAAACACUGACAGUGUAAAUAUGUUGAAGCUCUAAAAUAUUUGAAAGUAAAGUAGUACGUUUGUUAUUUAGAGCAUUAAUGAAUUAUAUUUAUUAGCACAUAAUGAUAAGGUAUUUCACAAUUAUAUUAACAUAGAUUUCAAAAUUAUAUUAGCGUAAUUUCAAAAUUAUGUUGACAUUAUAUAUUAGAAAAUUCCAGCUCUGCAGCAACAAAGGCUAUGUGCACAGGAACAUUUCAGUUACUGUGCUGCCACACACCCGUGAAGCUUAGAUGGAACAGUGAGUCCAACAGUAAAGUGAAGUAAUGGGUUUGCCAGUAACAACCUGUCAUCAAAUUGUGCGUUCAGCAUGUAAACAUAGAACAUAGAAUAGUACAGCUCAGUACAGGCCCUUAGGCCCACAAUGUUGUGCCGACCCUUAAACCCUGCCUCCCAUAUCUCUGAUUGCUGAGGCAAAGUGAUGACAAUUUGUGUUGUAACAAGUGGCAAAACCCAAGAAAAUGCUUGGCUAUUUUCUUCCAAUAAUUUCCUAUCUUGUUGAAUUUGAGAAGUAACCAUGCUAGGCAAUCAUCAUUAUGGUUAGGCAAUCAUCAUUAUGGAUGUUUCUGUACUGCUAUGUCAUAAGGAUAAACAGAGAAUACAUUGGUAUCUUUAAUUUGCUCUGCAGAAAUAUCAUGUGUAGAAGCACUGAAAAUUUUUUUGACUUAUCAGGGGCCAUUUGGAUGAUCGUUGUGUUUCUGCUUGUCAAGAAAGCUAUCUAUCCCAUAAAUUGGAAUGGUGGGGGAGUAUUGUUUUGUUUGGUGGAAAUUGUAUUUACUUCUGUAAAAGACUCUCAGUAAAUGAUAAAGCAUAUGCCUGGAAUAAUUCGUCAUAGUAUGAGUAUUUAAUUGAAGUAUCAACUGUGCGUUCCUUUUAAAAAUCUAUUUACACGUACAGGAGGCGUUUUCACCUUACAUUUGUCUAAUUUUGUUUGUCAGUUCACAGUUUCGGUCAACUGUCGAUCAUAACUGAAAAUAUUACUUUUGAAUCGCUAUAUGUAGUAAUCCAUUACGAUGCCCAUUACCUUCCACAUCAACUUAGCAUGUAGAUGAGAAAACAAAGACAACAAAAUACUUUUUAAAAUAAACCAAUUUUGUUCCUCUUUCCAUCGUAAAAGAAGUCACCAUUUGAUCAUGUUACCAUUGUUCAAGUAUACAUCAUUCAUUCUUCUACAUUGUUUACUAAUUCAUGCCCUGUUUAGUGUAUUAUAUAAUUCCUUGACUGUUUCAACCCACAAUAGCUCAGAAAAUGUAUUUUUCAUCAGUAUUCCUCCUUUUGGGGAAAAGGAGAAAAAAAAUAACAAAGAUUUAAUGGAAACAGAGAAAACCUACAGCACAAUACAGACCAUUUGGCCCACAAUGCUGUGCCGAACAUGUACUUACUUCAGAAAUUACCUUGGGUUACCCAAGCCCUCUAUUUUUCUAAGUUUCAUGUACCUAUCCAAGAGUCUCUUAAAAGACCUUAUUAUAUCCGCUGCCACCACUGUCACCGGCAGCCCAUUCCACACAUACUUCUCUCUGUGUAAAAAAAACUUAGCCCUGACAUCUCCUUUGUACCUACUUCCAAGCACCUUAAAACUGUGCCCUGUCAUGUUAGCCACUCCUUCCUUCAGUCAUAGAAUUAUUUUAAAUGAUCGUAGUAGCAGACAUUGACUUCCCAGUAAUAGCUAAUCAUGGGGUACGUAGGCGAGAGGGACUGAAAACAAUCACUGUCAUAAGAGAAGACAGAACUAGACAAACUUAGUAGGUUAAAGGCCAACAAGAUUCCUUUUCCCAGAGGACUGUAUCCUUGAUUCUUAAAGGAAAUCCCACUUUACAAAUAUUUGGAGAUAUUGGAGCUAUUUUAUUUCUGGUCUUUUAAGUCUGAUUUUAAUUGUUUUCUAUUUGGGGGCAUUCUCCUGGUUGCCAAGUUUCUCAACUCUGAACUACCAUCCCUGGAUCUCUCAUAAAUCCUAUUCAAGGCCUGCUAUUUAACCAAGGUCUGGUCAUUUAGCUAAAUAUAUCUCUCUCUCAACUGGUGUCAAGUCUUGUUUUGUACAUUUCCCAUAAGUUGAGACAUUUUAUUAAAUAAAUGUUUGGUUCGCAAAUAUAAGUUACUGUUCUAGAGUUUAUAUUCAGCUGAAUUUGUAUGCUGUACAUGAGUUAUAUUGAAUUAGGAUGAAUAUGAAACAGCUGCAGGUUUUAAUUAAAAAGAAUGUGUUGUUUUGGGACCAGGCUGUACCUGAUUUGCUUCCUUGUGGGGUUUAAUUGGAACAUCAGGGCUUACCAAGGAAAAUUUAAUGGAGUCAUUAUUAGGUAAAGGAAGUCGUAACUACAAAAUUAUAAGGCUCCUGAGAUGCCACUUUUUCAUCCAUCAUUAUGUGAGCUAUGAACUGUUCAGAAACAGCUGCACUUUUGAUGAGGAAGUUGCAUCAUGCAGAAAUUCCUAUAUCAGUUGUGCAUUCAAUAAGUGCCCAAGGGACUAUAAAAUCACUUUGGGUCAAAUUCUGGAGCAGUGGUUAAUCAUGGAGUUGGCAGUAACAUUGAAUACAUGUUACUUGAGCAACAGUGAUUGGUGCUAAAGAAAUGCAUAGAAGAUGAAAUGUUACUUUUAUACAAUAUAUAAGUUAUUAAUGCCCACAAUAAAUUCACUUAUCUUACUGUUUUCAAAAUAAAACUUAUGUUAUUUUGGUGAUACAUUCAAAAACAAAAAAUAUUCUGAAAUUGCUGGAAAUCCAGAGCAGCGCACACAGCAGGUCAACCAUGGGUCCUGAUGAAAGGUCUUGGCCCAAAAUGUUGACUGUUUAUUCACUUCCAUAGAUGUUGCCUGACCUGCGGAGUUCCUCCAGCAUUUUGGGUGUGCCGUGCUGGUGAUAUAUUCGUAUGGAUUAUGGCAGUUUCUAUGCUAAGGACAAAAAGGAAUUGUAUCAAAGAGCAUAGGCCUGAUACCACUAAAACAGAAGUCUAAUUGAAAGUCUGUUGUAUUCUUCUGCUUUAUUUCCAAACCUGUUUGUAGAAAUAGAAAUACGUAAUGAUGAUGUGCCAGAUGUAAGGAAUUCUGAAUGGCCUUUUUUGUCACAGGUUUAUAUUAUAGUAGAAAGAAAUAAAGAUUCAAAUACAAAGUGGAAAUCUGUUUAUUGUUCAUCUGUGCACAUUGCUAUUCAGAUUUAAUUGUAUGAAAAUUAAG